AUGGUUUACAACAACAACAACAAUGAAAGAGUAGAAACUUCAGAGGGAGAGCAACUUCCAAGUGAUCUUGUCCUUAGACUUGAGCGCAAGAUUUUAGAUUUGGAAGAAGAAGUAGCGCAUAUGCGCGAUUUGGCCAAAUUAUCUAUUUUCUCUUGGAACCCACCAACUAUUCCUGAACCAAUUCCAAAUGCAAAUCCUUCAUGUACUCCCGAAAAUAACAACCUCAACCCUAUUUAUGUGGAAACUGCUCCCUUGACCCAUAACUACCAUGAAUCAGAGUCCUCCCAAAAGGACAUUCUGAUAAAAAACCUGAUCGAGAGAUUAGAUAGCUUGGCCAACAGAGUGCAACAUGUGGAGGAAAGCAAGAGGUUGGGAGGACUGAGCUAUGAGGAUUUGUGUAUGCACCCCGACGUAGAACUGCCUGAAGGGUACAAACUUCCAAAGUUUGAAAUGUUUAAUGGCAUUGGAGAUCCCAAAGCCCACCUGCCAAUGUACUGUGACAAGCUUGUAGGGGUGGGGAGAGAUGAGAGGAUACUCAUGAAGUUGUUUAUGAGAAGUCUCACCAGAGAGGCUCUAUCCUGGUAUAUUGAACAAGACCCUUGGAAAUGGGAUGAGUGGGUAGACAUGGCAACAAACUUCAUGAAAAGGUUUGGAUUUAAUGUAGAAAAUGCACCUGACUGGUUCUACAUCCAAAACCUGAAGAAAAAGCCUAGUGAAUCCUUCAGGGAUUACGCCAUAAGAUGGAGGUUUGAGGCGGCCAGGGCCAGACCUCCCAUGGAAGAAUCUCAGAUGAAAGAUUACUUCAUCCGUGCCCAAGAGCCACAAUAUUAUGACUGGAUGAUGCUUGUAGCUGUGAAGAGCUUCGCUGAAAUUAUCAAAUUAGGCGAAAGAAUCGAAGAAGGCAUAAGAAGUGGGACCAUCAUUAACCUAGAGGCCCUACAAGCCUCCAACAAAGCUCUGCAAUCCGGGGGAAUGGCAGAAAACCAGAAGAAAACAGGCUCAGUCAUGAUGGCUCAAGGAACCAGAACCCCUUAUAAGUACCAAUCAACAACCCCACCUCUAUCUCCAUAUCCCCAAACUCCAUAUCAUUCAGCCCAACCACCUAUAUCUCCUAACCCCAUGCCAGUAUAUUACCAAAAUGCUCCUCCUCAAUAUCAGCAAGCUUCAUAUCCUUCAUAUCCUGUUUAUAAUGCCCAGCCUACAUACUUCCAAACUCCACCACCCACUCAGACAUCGAACUACCGAAACAGACCUCCAUAUGAAAGAAGACCUGCAAAGAACUAUACCCCUCUGGCUGAGCCUAUAGCCCAGCUUUAUGAGAGACUGAAAGAGGCUGGCAAUGUCACCCCAAUUCCUGCAUUGCCUGUGGAUGUUCGCACAAAAUGGUAUGGCCCUAACAAGGUUUGUGCCUACCAUUCUGGAAUGAAAGGUCACACUACCAAAGUUUGCAGAGCCCUGAAAGAUAAGGUUCAAAUGCUGAUUGAUACUAAGGCCAUCCAACUCAAGGAUCCAACGCCAAGUGUUGCAAAUAACCCUCUGCCUAACCAUCAGGUCAACAUGGUAGAAGUCGAGGAUACCUCGGAUUGGGAGAAAUCCAUUUGGGUCCUUGAGCCAGAAGAAACAAUGACUACUACCGCCCAGACUCCAAUGGUAGUGCAAAGGCGUGCUCCGUUUGAGGUUGAGGUCGCCAUGCCCAAGCCUCCAUUCACUGUUUAUAGGGCGCUUUCCCCUAUCCAAUAUGAUACCCAUGCUGUUCCAUGGGACUACAGAAAGGGAAAAACAAAAGUGGAAGAAGCAGACACUGCAGCAUGA